AUGACGUGCACGUCUGUUGUGCUCGGUCAACUCUCACCGCCACCAUCAUUGCGGAACACCUUACAGUUCACGAAAACUCACUUUCACUUAUACACUAUCCAUUCUACAGAUGAAGAAUGCAAGUCCCAGGAGGUUCACUGGUUAGCCUUCGGUAAAGAUGUCCCAUCCACUUCUAAUCAGGAAAAUGAGAACGGCAGUGGUUUUGAAGAAGUGAGCUACACUGUCAUUAAUCACCUGCCCUAUCGGAGACCCUCUCUGAGCUCCAAUGAUGAUGGUUAUGAGAACGUUCUGUCUACCACAGGAAGAGAGAGACCAUUAAGAGAAGGGUCAGAAACAGAAUAUGCCCGUCUCAGGACAGCUUCU